AUGCAUUUCAGAACUUUAGUCGCUUCCAAAGUUGUCAAGAUUUCGCAGUUGGUUUCGCCUUCUUCACAGGUUUUUCGCAUCUAUUCUUACCCAUUUGCAUUGGUUUAUGCUGCAUGGGUUUAUGUACGCUUUUGGCAUUAUGACCGGUUUCUUGGAUCUUCCGAGUUUGCUCUGCUUUCGUUCCUUAUUGUCGCUGCAAUUCAUGUUCUAUCGUACCUUGUCUGUUUAUGGAGCGUGCAAGCCCGUGUUGCUUUGACUUGCAUUAAACAAGUCGAUCCAUUUAAAGCAACUGCAAUCAUGAUUCUUCCUGUUCCUGACAGUGGUUCUGGUGCUCUCUGUGAUUUAAAGCGUUCUGAAAUCACCAACACGGAUGGAUCUAAAGAGAUCUACUUUUUGUAUCAGCAAAAAAAAUACAUUUUUAAUACAGAUAAGAAGCGAUUUGAGAAACUGGAUUAUCUGUCAUCUCACGAACUAGACAUGCAUUACUAUAAAACCCAACGGGGUAUUGCUACUGAUCAAAUGGUUCAAGUCACUCAUGAAAAAUAUGGCAGUAAUCGAUUUGAAGUGCCUAUUCCAACUUUCCAGGAACUGUUUAAAGAGCACGUUGUUGCACCGUUCUUUGUUUUCCAGCUGUUUUGUGUUGCGCUAUGGUUUUUAGAUGAAAUGUGGUACUAUUCUCUGUUUACUCUCAGCAUGUUGUUUGUGUUUGAAUCGACUGUUGUUUUUCAGCGUCUGAGAAAUUUGCAAGAAUUUAGAGCCAUGUCGAUUAAGCCGUAUCCUAUUCAUGUCUAUCGUGGCAAUAAAUGGGUUUUGAUCCAAACUGACGAGUUGCUCCCAGGCGAUUUAUGCUCUGUUACUCGGCAAAAAGAUGAAUCUCCAGUUCCAGCUGACAUGAUUCUUGUUGAUGGCUCGUGUAUUGCCAAUGAAGCUAUGCUGUCUGGCGAAUCUACUCCACAACUCAAGGAACCCAUUAGUCUUCGCGACGAUCAUGAAAUUUUUGAUCCUGUCGAAGACAAAAACCAUGUCCUAUUUGGUGGUACCAAGAUUCUUCAAGUGACUUCACCAGAAGAUUCCAGUGCCAUUCAAACGCCAGAUAAAGGCUGUCUAGCGCUAGUUUUACGCACAGGAUUUGCUACCCAACAAGGAAAACUUGUUCGUACGAUUGUUUACUCCACUGAGAGAGUUUCUGCCAACAAUGCCGAAUCUCUAUUCUUUAUUCUGUUUCUUCUUAUAUUUGCCAUUAUUGCUUCGUGGUACGUAUGGACUACCGGUAGCAAGGAUGAAGAGCGUAACCAGUCCAAGCUUCUUUUGCAUUGUGUGCUAAUUAUCACUUCCGUUGUUCCCCCAGAGCUUCCCAUGGAGUUGUCAUUGGCGGUAAACAACUCGCUGGUAUCAUUGGCCAGAGCAUAUGUGUUUUGCACUGAACCAUUUCGCAUUCCAUUUGCGGGAAGAAUUGACAUUGCAUGUUUUGACAAGACUGGAACAUUGACAGCAGAGAACUUGAUUGUUGAAGGUGUGACUGGAUUAACUGGAUCUAUGGACGACUUGUCUUUGCCCACCCAGCUACCUAUUGCUACGACACAUGUGCUGGCUGCUGCUCAUGCUUUGGUCAGACUUGAAGAUGGUGUGAUUGGUGAUCCAAUGGAGAAAAAUACGCUGGAAUCAAUUCGCUGGAUGCUUGAUAGUGGAGAUAUCAUUACACCCAAGCCAGAGGUUAGUAAAAGCAUUUCAGGUCAUUGCAUCAAGGUGCAACGUCGAUUUCCCUUUUCUUCUUCACUGAAACGCAUGUCAACUAUAUCGCUGCUAGAGGAUGGAUCAGCCCAAGCAAAGACGCUUAUUUCAGCCAAAGGAGCACCUGAAACCAUUAAAGGCAUGCUUCGCACCGUGCCCAAAGACUAUGACGAGCAUUACAAAUACUGGGCACGUCGAGGCAAACGUGUUCUUGCUUUGGCAUACAAACAUGCACCUAAAAUGACAGUCACUCAAAUACGCGAUCUCACUCGUGAACAAACAGAAAAGGAUCUUGUAUUUGCUGGAUUUUUAAUUUUCUAUUGUCCUUUGAAGCCUGACUCGAUCAAUGCCAUUCGUAUUUUGAACGAGUCGCUUCAUCGUGUUGUCAUGAUUACAGGCGACAAUGCACUCACUGCCUCUCAUAUUGCUCGUGAGGUGGAGAUUGUUCAACGAGAUGUGCUUGUGGCUGAUGUAGAUACAAGUGGUAACUUGGUCUGGGAAACUGUGGAUGAAAAAGUGCGUAUUCAAAUUGAUACCGAUUGUAUUGAUGUGGAUUCCCGGCUUAAAAAGUAUGAUUUGGGCUGCACAGGAUUAGGACUGGAUGCUUUGAUCAACACGCCAUGCUUUAAUGCACUUUUGCCUCGUAUGUGGGUGUAUGCUCGAGUUUCUCCAAGUCAAAAAGAACUUAUUUUAACGCGACUGAAGCAGGCUGGAUAUUUUACGCUCAUGUGUGGUGAUGGCACGAAUGAUGUUGGUGCACUUAAACAGGCUCAUGUGGGUAUUGCUCUGCUGGAUACAACUCCAGAAGAUCUUCAAAAGAUUGGUGUGCGCAUGCGUGAAAAGCACAAGAAAGCCAUGCUUACUAAGCAGAAUGAAAUGCUAAAAAAAUGGGGAUUACCACCUGUUGCUGAUUCGGCAGGAUCAGCAACAGGCAGUGGUUCGAAUGACAAAAAACAAGGUUUACUCGCGAAUACCUCGCAAGCAGCUCCUGUAUCUUCUGCCACUACUGUUGGUACCAAAUCUCGACCUGCAAACAAUGCUGCACCGCUAACCAACAUGAUGGAUAUGAUGAUGGAAGAAAUGGAUGACGAUAUUCCCAAGAUCAAGUUUGGUGAUGCGUCUGUUGCUGCACCUUUUACUUCUAAAAUUUCUAGUGUCAUGUCUGUUGUUAACAUUGUGCGUCAAGGUCGUGCUACGCUUGUUGCCAUGGUUCAAAUGUACAAGAUUCUUGGGCUCAACUCUUUGAUUAUGGCUUACUCUCUUAGUGUGCUUCAUCUUGCAGGUAUCAAGCAAGGAGAUUGGCAAGCAACGAUUGCAGGAUUUAUGAUUACAAUCUGCUUUUUUGGCAUUGCCAAAUCCGAAGCUUUGGAAAAGCUUUCUCGUCAACGACCUCAACCCAACAUUUUUAACCUUUAUAUUGUAUUGAGUGUAUUGGGACAAGCAGCUAUUCACAUUGCUGCCUUAAUCUAUAUUCGUCUUGAAGCCAUCAAGUAUUCUGAAGCCAUGGAAGAAGUCGUUCCUUUGGAUGCAGAAUUCACACCCAACCUCCUCAACAGUGCAGUAUAUCUUGUAUCCCUCAUUAUGCAAAUCUCUACGUUUGCAAUCAAUUAUCAAGGCCAACCCUUUCGCGAAAGUCUUUUCCGCAACAAAGCCAUGUUCAAUAGUUUAGUGAUUGUGGGAUUGAUUGCUUUUGGAGCUGCAAUGGAAAUAUCGGAUGAGUUGAAUGACUGGAUGCAGCUUGUAGAAUUUCCUCCCGAGUUUAAGCGAAAACUGUUGAUUACCAUGACAUUGGAUUAUGGAGUUGCUUGGGCAGUUGAGAUGGGAUGUUCGUGGCUUUUUGCUGAUAAUAAGGCCAAGGCGAGUUUAUUUCCUGUAGAUUGA